AUCAUGGUGUAUACGAAUGGUAUCCACGAAUCGUCUGAUAUUUGUUAAAAUGAAAGUUUACCCGCGUCGAAUACCGCGGUACGCGCAGUAGAAUAAUUUUUAACGUUUUCUUUAUGACAUUAUCUUAACGUUUCAUUAAAAAACAAAUCGUUACAUGACGAAUUUUUUUCUGAAGUAGUAUAAACGAAGACUAACUGAAGAAUUCUUUAAUGUCAGUGGGCUUGAGAACGAACUGAAAAUCUAUACAACUGCAUGACUUCCAACCAUUUAAGUUAUAGCUGUGAUACUGGCAACUAUUUUUUUUUUUUUGUAGAAAAUUGUAUUUACCUGAUAAUCAUAAAUGUAUUCAGAAAAGGUAGCACUGUAGAAGCAGAGCUGCUGCAGGUACUUUCGAUACUUGUGGUGGUCGGUGAAUGGUGUUGCAGAUAGACUCGGUGUGGGGCUGGGCGUCACCCCCACUGCGCCUCCAGCUAGCUGGAGGGACCAGGGGUGCCUCAGGGAGAACAGGGGCAAGUGUCCCAUCCUCACAAAGGAUGGGUGACAUGGUUGUAGAACGUGCUACCUCUCCAGCACGUUUAAGCCAUACAUCAGAAAAACAUCCCCGUGCUAUGCUUACUGAACUAAAUGUUCUUCGUCGUCAUAGAGAAUUAUGUGACGUUGUUCUUAACAUUGGUUCUAGGAAGAUAUUUGCACAUAGAGUCAUUCUUUCUGCUUGCAGUCCAUAUUUCAGAGCUAUGUUUACUGGAGAAUUAGCAGAAUCUCGUCAGACUGAAGUUACAAUACGUGACAUAGACGAAUUGGCAAUGGAAUUACUCAUUGAAUUUUGCUAUACUUCGCACAUCAUUGUCGAAGAAGCAAAUGUCCAAACUCUCCUUCCAGCAGCGUGCCUUCUUCAGCUAGCAGAAAUUCAAGAUAUAUGCUGUGAAUUUUUAAAACGACAAUUAGAUCCAUCAAAUUGUUUGGGUAUAAGAGCUUUUGCAGAUACUCAUUCGUGUCGAGAACUUUUACGUAUUGCUGAUAAAUUUACUCAACAUAAUUUCCAAGAGGUAAUGGAAAGCGAAGAAUUUUUGUUAUUACCUGUUGGCCAAUUAGUUGAUAUUAUAUCAUCGGAUGAAUUAAAUGUACGAACAGAAGAACAAGUUUUCAGUGCUGUAAUGAAUUGGGUUAAAUAUAAUGUAACAGAAAGAAGGCAGCAUUUAGCACAAGUUUUACAGCAUGUGCGGCUGCCACUUCUCAGUCCAAAAUUUUUAGUAGGCACUGUAGGAUCAGAUUUAUUAGUUCGUUCGGAUGAUGCAUGUAGAGAUUUAGUUGAUGAAGCAAAAAAUUACUUAUUAUUGCCACAAGAAAGACCAUUGAUGCAAGGACCCAGAACACGUCCUAGAAAGCCUACAAGAAGAGGAGAAGUAUUAUUUGCUGUUGGUGGUUGGUGUUCUGGUGAUGCUAUUGCAAGUGUUGAAAGAUUUGAUCCUAAUACUGGAGAUUGGAAAAUGGUUGCACCAAUGAGUAAACGAAGAUGUGGUGUAGGAGUAGCAGUUUUAAAUGAAUUAUUAUAUGCUGUUGGUGGACAUGAUGGACAAAGUUAUUUAAAUAGUAUAGAGAGGUAUGAUCCCCAAACAAAUCAAUGGUCGUGUGAUGUUGCACCUACAACAUCUUGUAGAACAAGUGUAGGUGUUGCUGUUUUGGACGGCUAUCUUUAUGCAGUAGGUGGUCAAGAUGGAGUACAAUGUCUUAAUCAUGUUGAAAGGUAUGAUCCUAAAGAAAACAAAUGGUCAAAAGUAUCACCAAUGACUACAAGAAGAUUAGGAGUAGCUGUUGCCGUGCUUGGUGGUUAUUUAUAUGCUAUCGGCGGGUCCGAUGGACAAUCGCCUUUGAAUACUGUAGAAAGAUAUGAUCCUAGACACAAUAAAUGGUCUCAAGUAUCCCCUAUGUCUACUAGACGUAAACAUUUAGGCUGUGCAGUAUUUAAUAAUUUAAUUUAUGCUGUGGGAGGACGCGAUGAUUGCAUGGAACUAUCCAGUGCAGAAAGAUAUAAUCCUCACACAAAUUCAUGGAGCCCUAUAGUAGCCAUGACUUCAAGAAGAAGUGGAGUUGGUUUAGCAGUAGUGAAUGGUCAAUUGUAUGCAGUAGGUGGAUUCGAUGGUACAGCAUAUCUAAAAACAAUUGAAGUAUACGAUCCAGAACAAAAUCAGUGGAAACUAUGUGGUUGUAUGAAUUAUAGACGACUUGGUGGAGGUGUGGGAGUUAUGCGAGCUCCACAAACUGAAAACUAUAUUUGGUAGCUCAGGCUACCCUCUUCAGCCCAAAUGGCUGAAACGCCAAUGACUCCUCUUACGCCGGUAACUCCUGUUACACCUGUAACUCCCCCUGCUCCAAUAUCGGUUCCUAUUGUUAUAACUAAUUCUAGAAAACGAUACCGUCGUUCAAUGAGCAUUAUAUAAAAAAAGAAUUUGCAUUUUACAAACAAAUUUUGCCUUUCUGCUGAUGAAGUCUAUUUCUUAAUGAAAUAUUUUGUAUAAAUAUUUUGAAUCAUAAUUUAUAUCAGGGACCGAAACUGAUAUCAUAAAUGUUAGUAUCAAAAAAUCACAUUCUAUAAUACUGGAUUGUAUUAAAUUGUUAUAAUAAUGAGUUAAUUUAUAGAAAUCAAAGAUGCCUCAAAUAAUACAUUAACAUAUGAUAUAACAAGAUUUGUAAUUAUGUAAUAGAUUCAUUGAAAAUCGGUUCCUGAUAGAGAAAAUUAUUUUAUUACUUAUUUUAAUUUAAUUACCAAUAUAUACAACAUCAUUAUAUGGACUUACUCUGCAGAGAUUAUCGGAAUUUUUUAGAAAAACAUUUCUAAAAUUUAAAACAGAUCUAUUUUGAAACAAAACGUUCAAAAACAUUGAGAUAUUAUGUUGUAUUUCUGAUCAAUUGGUAUCAAUGUAUUUCUUAUAUGAAGACUUAUAUUUGAUUCUUACCUCUGCAAUAUAAUCCAGUAUUGCUUCUUGUAUUUGACUUUCUUCAGUGUUGCUGUCAUACCAAUUGUCAGUCCUUUAUAAUAGCAAUAACUGUAUAUAUAUAUAUUGGAUAAAUUUGUUAAUGCCAAUAAUCUGUGCAUACUAUAACAAAUUUGAUUAUUUGAAGUGAUAUUUAAUAGAUUUUUUGCUUUUUAGUAAUUAUUUUAAGAAACUACCAAAGUAAAUGUAUAUUUCUUUUUCUUUUUUUUUUUUUUUUUGUAUUUAUGAGACUGACUGAUCAAUUUAUGUAAUUGUCAAGUUGUUAAAUUGAUUUUUUGUCAUAGCUAUAUCACUCAUCACAAUUUGAUAAAAAUGCUUAAACAUUGGAUGUUUACUUGAAAUUUAUUCGCAACAUGCAACUAUCAUUCUAAAUAUAUAACUAUCUUUAUAUUUUAUUAUUUUUAUUUUUUGUAUAAUAUCCAAUCAUACAUACUGUUGUAUAGAUUUACUAUUUUUUAUUUUUAUGUUAAAUUUAUGCUAUCAGUUUUGAACACAAUUUGUAAUAUAGAUUCUUCAAUUUAAGAAAUCAAAGCUAUCAAGUAAAAAAAAAAAAAAAAUAUUUUUUAUUUAAAUAUUAAGUUUUAUAUUAUUUACAAUCAGUUACUGCCUUUUUCUUAGUUGAUUGAAUACAAUAUUACUUUAUAAGUUUUCAUAUAAAAUUUAUUUGUAUUUGAAUAUGUAAUAAAACAUACAGAUUCCAGUCUUAGAGAUAAGUACUAAAUUACUGAUGUGCAUUUAAUUUGUUCUACAAAAAAUACUCAAGUUUUUAUUAUGGAUAAAGAAGGUUAUAUCUGAGCAAUGCUAAAAACAUGCACAAUUUAAUUGAAUUAUAGAAAGCUUCCAUUUAAUUAUAGAUAAGAAAAUUAAUCAUUUAUCUUUCUUUAGAUGGAUUAGAUUUCUGUUAUAGUAAAUUUAUUUAUUAAUGAUUUUUUUUUGUAUAUAUAGAUACAUGUACAAGGGAAUUAAAACAAUACAUUUUGUAAUAAACAAUGCACAUUUAGAGUGUGCUUAACACCUUUUAUGUUUGUAAGGUUACAAAAUGCAAAUGGAUCAAUCAUCAAGCCAUGAGUUUUAUUAGAUGAAUAUUAUCAGACAGUACAUUUUCUUUAAAAAACAUUCUUGUUUUAUUUUAGAUAGAUAAUGUAUCACACAAUACUUCGUAAGAUCGUUGUAUGAAUUUCAAAUGUAUAUAAUAACAAAGACACCAAAAUAUAUGCUCAUAGAGCAACACAGUUUUCAAAAGUGAAUAUUUACAUAGCUGUAUUGAUGGAAUUCUUUUAUCAAUUUUCAUAACAUUCAGAAAAUACAGAAAAGGCACUAUGAUAAAUUCUUUUAUUCUAAAUGCAUAUAAAAGUACUAUUAAUGUACAAAAUGGUGAUAGGGAUCAUUAAGAAACAAUUUCAUAUUGUAACUUAUGUGAUAAUAAUCUAAUAAGAAACAGCAAAUUUGGCUGAAUAUAAGCAAUAUUUUACUAAUCAUGACAAACGUUAAUUGUUACUUUAUUUAUUUGAGUAAAAAAUUUAUAAAAAGAAUUCGACUAUUAUAUAAAUAAAUAAUUAAAUAAAUAAUCGUAUAAAGAUAUCAAAAUUUUCUCUGAUUCUGUUACAUAUAUGAGAUUGUUGUGGAAAGCAGGAUGCAUGUCUAAUAUAAAAAUAUUGAAAUAAUAUAAUGUAGCAUUUCUGAUAAACCUAUUGAUAUAUAUAUUAUUAUAUUAUUCUCCAUUAAUUUUUUUUUUUUUUUAUAUAACAUUCUCUAUGAACACGUGAAAAACUGCCAGUCAUAGCAUAUUUUUUAAUUAGUUUGUAAAUCAAAAGAAUUCAUUAUAUAGAAUGUAAGUUGUAUUCGCACGUGCAUUGUUUGCUAUCGUGCCUGAUCGAGAACACACCAAUACAAUUCUGUUAACAGAUUUAUAUAUUUCAAAUGGUACAAAUUACUAUAAAAUAAUAAAAUUAUAGCUAUAUAUACCACAAAAUGCUGUGUUUCUCCAAAUUAUAAAUUGAUAAAUAGAUAUAUUGUAUGAUAAUCUGCAAAGAUAUAUCUAGUAUAGUAUAAUUUUAUUUGAAGGAGAGAUGAAUAUAAUUAUAAAUCAAUAUAAUGUUUCAUGUUAACUUAUAUCCAUUCAUUAAUUCUUCUAAUUUUUGUAAAAUAAUUUUAUUACAAGCAUUUAUUUCUUUAAUCAUGUCAGAAAUAUAUAUUAAAAGUUAUAUCUUACAUACAAUUUGCAAAAUAAUGUUCACUAAGCAAGACUGGCCUAGGUUUAAGAUUUAAAAAAUAUCAACAUACAUAAAACACACACAUAUUUCCAUUAGAACAUUUAUCAAUAAUUACAUGCAUCAAUUUGUUUAUAGAAAAAUAUAGAGUUUACAUUUACUGAAAGAUGGUUUCAUGAAUAAAUAUGAGAAUGUGAGAAUGUUACGGAAA